AGCACGGACCAUCGAAUAUCGCACAGGUGUUUCUCCAGAGGCCGUCCGACAGUGUCUGGGAAUGAUUUUUUUAACGUUGACCGAAUGGACAGGUUUUGGAUGGCCUUUGUGGAUAGAUUUUUUCCUCUCACCAGUGACGAGAGCCAGUGUUUUUCAAUUUACAAAUUAGACAUGUGCGUGAGCACUCGGUUAAAAUGCCAAUCAGUGUCAAGUCAGGAAUAAAGUGCUUUCGACAAGCCUAUGUGGACGAUCGCAGGAAAUUCUCGAAGAAUUGUAACGUAAAAUUGAUGGCAUUAAGCCAUUACUAACAGGAAUAUAUUAGACGUCUGAUUUGAUUGCAUCCAAUGCAUGGGAAUGAACGAUAAAAGUGUACAAUAGCAACGUGAUCUACGGUCAAACUAAUAAAUCUUUACUGCAAAAGAUGUGUGAAUAAAGCAGUGCAAAUACAUCUGAGAAUAAUCGGUAGGGCGGGAUAGUGAUUCCAAGUAGUUGGACCAAUUUCGUGAAGCAAGAAGUAAAUAACAAUAAGAAUAGUUAUCGAGAAUUUAGUAUCUGUUCAUAACUACCUGUUAGAAUUCUUGACUGGAUUAGUACGAAGCAUGAAACCUUUCUUGUAUUUAAGUGGCAAAGGAGGAUUCUAUUGGAAAUGGAGUACAACCUGUAUAGUACAUAACAUGGAUGACUGUUCAAUUUAAUGAAUUAAGUGAAAAUACGAAAGUACGAUAUAUAAGUCAUUUUGCUAUAGGAUUUCAUCGACGAAGGACAACUGAUGCAAUUAUAUCUAUGAGACUGUAAUUGCAAGGAAUAAAUAGAAAUUUUAUAACGAAGGGCAGUACAAAUACAACGAAUGUAAAAUACCGAACCACAGCAAUUCGUCUAGCAAACAGAACUCUUUCAUCUGUGAUAAUGAAUAGCACUAAUACGUUAGACUUAGCGUAUGCUGACGGAUCAAUGCUGAUUGACGCGGCGUUAUUGAACUAUGGAAGUAUGGAUGAGAAUUUAACGGACAUUUAUGGCCCCAAACGCGAUCCACUUUAUGUUGUAGUACCUGUCACUAUCAUAUACGUACUAAUUUUUAUAACGGGUGUGAUCGGCAAUAUAAGCACCUGUAUCGUUAUUUCCAAAAACAAAUCUAUGCACACAGCUACCAACUACUACCUCUAUAGUUUAGCUAUAUCGGAUUUUUUGCUAUUAUUUUCUGGAGUGCCGCAGGAAAUUUACUUCAUUUGGAGUAAAUACCCUUACAUUUUUGGUGAGCUAUUUUGCAUCGUCCGCGGAAUUGCAGCAGAAACAUCGGCGAAUGCAACUGUUCUCACAAUCACCGCAUUCACCAUCGAGCGAUAUGUCGCAAUAUGUCAUCCAUUUUUGUCCCAUACCAUGUCUAAGCUUUCCCGGGCUGUCCGUUUUAUUUUCGCCAUAUGGAUUGUGGCGAUUGUAUCCGCUGUCCCGCAGGCGCUGCAAUUUGGAGUGACAAACCAGUCGGGUGUAGACCAGUGCGUCGUGAAGCGGAUAAUUAUUCAUCACUCUUUCGAGCUGUCGACAUUUCUUUUCUUUUUUGCUCCAAUGACGCUCAUAACAGUGCUAUACGCAUUGAUUGGACUGAAACUGCGGUCCUCCGCAUUGAUGCAGCGCGACGGGACGCUACAACGAAGGAACAAUGCCUACCCAAAUAACCGACAGCAAGGAACCAGUCAGGGUACCCGGCGAGUCUUGAAAAUGCUAGUUGCUGUCGUGGUUGCAUUUUUUAUCUGUUGGGCCCCUUUCCAUGCACAACGUUUAGUGUACAUAUACGGAGUAGACAAGGACCAUCAGCCAACGGAUCCGCUGAUACUUAAAUUUUUCGUAGUGACUACUUACGUAUCCGGCAUACUCUAUUACCUGUCGACAUGUAUCAAUCCGCUACUUUAUAAUAUUAUGAGCAACAAGUUCCGUCAAGCUUUUAAGGAGACGCUGGGCAACGGCUGUUACUUUACGCGGAAAUCCCGCUGUAAGGAGCGAUCAUACCGAACUCUGUGUCGAAGGGAGCGACAUCCAACUUCAAACAAAGAAUCUUCUGAAUUCUCAGGCAAUUCCAUCCAAGACGACAGUUUGUACUCAUCCUCUACUCAAAAACAGUCACUUGACUCCAUAGCACUAUCCCGUGGACAUUCUGUAAAACCUUACUGCCAAGAGAGAGCAACGGAACGGGAAAAUACUCGUAUUCUACUGCAUCCAACAAAAGGAAUGACCUUAUCAGCUCAUUUGGAUCUCUACACUGACGGUAAGGAACUCUGUUUAAGAAUUUUCUCGUCGAAUGACUCGUUGUCUCGGUCAUCGAAGAAGAUGAUCUGCCGUCGCAUGUGUCCAUCCACUCUUCCAAAACCAAUACCGGUCAUAUCUUCGGAGGAAAAUCCUAAUCAGUCUUCUACGUACGACAGGACAUAUGACAUGACGGAUCUGGACGAAAUAUCUAACCACCCAGUGAAAAUAUCUAUAAGGCGAAGUAAACUACAAAAACGUAACAGACUGAACUUUUUGAGAUGUUUUCAAGUUGCGUCUUCAACAAAAGGUAGCCAACAUCAGCGACAUCGAACAGCCGUCCAUUUCUACAGUUCCGUGCUAUGCAGCCAAUGCAAAAGUUCAAGAAGUGAGCAAAAAGCGGCUUCAUCGAUAGCAAAUGUUAAUAUUGAUUUCGGUACGUUUCAAGAUAAACAAGAAGAGGAUGAUCUGGAGGCCUAUAUGAAUGAGAUAAAGUUAAGAGAAAAUAAAUCCGAGGAUUUUUUUAAUGAUUCUAAUAUUAUACACAGACAGGCAAUUUGAAUUUUGGUAUUGAAUUUUGUUACACGUUGUCAGAGAUCUUAACAUUAUUUUUUUUGGGAUAAUUCAAAUAACCGAAUAAUAAUGAAAAAUAAAGUAUAGUUUUUGAUUAUAAGUAAACUUGUAUGAAAUAAAUGUACUAAAUAUGAUGUGUAUAGUCAUAUAGGAUCAAACCAUGUUCUUACCGUUGAAAGCAAUUCGUUAAAAAUUGUAAUCGAUACUUUGAAACGACAUAAGCUCUCGAUUACUUUAACGUGGUGCAUAAAAACAGCUUCCAGUAAGCUUCAUAUUGAAGUUGUUAAGCUUUUCAAAACAAGUUCUUACUUAUCGCAUAGUCUU